GACUAAACUGGUUAAUAUUUUUGAUUAUUGUUUGGGUUUUUGUCACAAGGAAACCAAGCCAACGCGUAUUUACGAUCAACUAAUCUUUUUUUAAACAUUUUUUUAAUACUAAAAAUGCCGCCCAUCGAUUAUAAUCGAUACUAUUCCAUCAUAACCGAUCAUAAUUAUAUACGUCAUUUUGGUCAAUAUGAUGAUCGAUACCGACAAACUGUUCAUCAAUUGAUUCCUUGGAAACGUUUUAAUGAAGAUUUUGAGCAUCUACCUAAUAAUGAUGAUGAUGAUGGCAACCAAAUGGAUCGUCGUGAUUAUUGUCUGAUAAGAUUACUGGAAUAUUUUAAACAAGAAUUGUUUAGCUGGGUAAAUUCAUUGAAAUGUGAUGAUUGUAAUGGAAAAGAAUGUACGCUUUUGAAUUGUCGUCGUACGAAUGACAGUGAAUACUAUUGUCAAAUGAUUGAAGUGUAUAAAUGUCCUGAAUGCAGCGCAAUUCAUGAAUUUCCUCGUUAUAAUCAUGCCGGUCGUUUAUUGGAAACCCGACGUGGUCGUUGUGGUGAAUGGGCACUUUGUUUUGCAUAUAUUUGUUUUGUUUUUGGCUACGAUAUUCGUAUGGUGAAUCAUGUUGAUGAUCACGUUUGGACGGAAAUAUAUAGUGAUCAUCAAAAACGAUGGCUACAUUGUGAUCCAUGUGAAAACUCAUUCGACAAUCCCUUAUUAUAUGAAUGUGGAUGGAAAAAACCAGCUACAUUGAUCAUUGCAAAUGGAAUGUAUGAAUGUCGUGAUGUCACAUGGCGUUAUUGUUCGGAAUGGCGUAAAACUGUUCGCCUCCGUAGCCAAUUAUUCGAUGAAAAUCGUUUACAAACAUUGAUCGACCAAAUUAAUCGUCGACUGCAAUCAAAACUUUCAUCUAGUGAAUAUAAUGGAAUUGUUGAACGCUGGCUGGGUGAAAUGGUUGAAUUGAUACGAACACCUGAUCAAGAUAUUCGUCAACCAUCCGAUUCAAAAGCUAUUCAAGGUCGUAUCAGCGGAUCAAUCGAAUGGAGACAAUCACGUGGUGAAUCAAAACAUUGUUAUCAUGAAUUUGAUUUGAAUCAACUUUGCCGUCAAAUCCUGUACGAUUGUCAACGUGAUGAAUAUUCGGUUGUUUAUUCGGAUUCGAAAAAGAAAUCGACAAUAAUGAAAGGAUGGCAAUCCGGCUGCUAUGAAUCUUGCCAUAUCUUUCGUAUGAUAGAACAUGAUUGGCAAAUGUGUUACCUGAGUCGACAAAGAUAUUGUGGCCAAAAGGAUAUCGGUUCUAUACGAUGGCGAUUUCGAUUACCAUCCAAUCACAGCAUUGAAUGGAACCGAAUCAGCAUUCUAGUCCAGGGUCGAACAUAUGAAUCCGGUGUCAUCGAACUUUGCAUUAUAUUGGAACCAUGCAAAACACAAUUAUCAUUCAAUCUAAACGAAACGUUUCAUUUGAAUCGAAAUGAAUUGCAUCCAGCAACCGAAUGCUUUGACAUUCAAGCAAAACUAAUGUUUGGCGAAGGUGAAAUAGCAUGGCAACAUGCUCAACUUUUUCGACAAAAACUGUUACCAAAAAACGAUUCUCAUCAACAUUUAUUUACAAUUUCAAUUGAUUAAUUUAAAAAAAAAAUUAAUAAAAAAAAAUUUUUGAUAA